AUGGUAUGGGUACGCACUCACAUAAAACGAAGACUCACUGGAAUUCAUUCGAUGUUCCAGAUGAAAGGUCGCUCGGAUACGUGCAAACAGCAGGUGAAGGAAAUGGUUCGAGAAGCGCGUGUUAUGAGAGACCUUUCUCAUCCCAACAUUGUUCACUUCUAUGGUGUCUGCCUACAAGAGCAACCCAUCUACAUACUUCUUGAAUUGAUCCAAGGGCAACCUCUUGACGUCUAUCUUCUUGAAAACAAGUCAACUAUUGACAAAGAUGAAAAGCUGCAGAUUAUAAUGGGAAUCGCAUGGGGUUUAGAAUAUUUACACUCCAUGUCAGUUCUUCAUCGUGAUAUCUCGGCAAAGAAUUGCCAUUACGAUACUUCUAAAGUUGUCAGGUUGAGUGAGUUUUCGCUCUCUCGUCAAGGCACGACGUAUGCAAUGAAAACUGCAAGAAAAAUGCCCAUAAAGUGGUUGGCUCCAGAGAGCAUUAGGACGUUCAUGUUCACGCAAAAAUCAGACGUCUACAAUUACGGCGUGUUCAUCUACGAAGUGUUUGCCUGUAUUGAACCGUACGCCAAACUGUCGACAAAUGCUGCAAAAGAUGCGAUUCUGGGUGGAACACUAAACGACUUCCCCGAAGGGACACCAGAAAAACUUGCGCAUUAUGUGAAGGACAAGAUGUGGCAGACUGAUCCGGAUAAACGAGAAGAUAUGGCCCAUAUAAAACCGUGGUUGGAGAUAUUCACUGGCCUCACCCUGGUCGUUGAACGGAAGAAGUGA